AUGCCGCCAUUUUGGAAGCAGACUGGGAGCCCACGAGCCUUGGAAGCUGCCUGCCAGGGACUCGCGGCCCGCAGGUCCAGAUGGGCUGUCAGAGCUCCACGGUGGACACGACUGAGUGCUGUUUAUGGAACCUCCAGAUGGGGAAGCCUGCAAUGUGAAAAAUGGCCUUUUAGGCCGUGCCAGAUGGAGGAUUUGCCUGGUGGACCUGCUGACGGUAUUAUUCAACAGCUUUUUAGUGUGCUCAUGAUGCCAUCUUCAUACACAGAUAUGAGUAUUCAAGAGCUGCAGGAGAACACAGGGACGUCUGGAGCGGCCGGCCAGAACAGAGUCGACUGCGGAUUACAAGCCGUUGUCGUUGAGUCCAAAGAAGACAGUAUCAAUGGAACAUGUGAACAUGAGGUUUGUCCAGCACAUAAUGAUGACAAUAUGUCUGAAAGAGACGACUGCGGAUUACAAGCCGUUGUCGUUGAGUUCAAAGAAGACAGUAUCGAUGGUAACAUACCUUCUGAUACCACAAUAGAAAUUGAAGAAUGGAAUAACAACAAUGAACGGAUACUAGAAAUAUUGCUCAUUUUCAUUGAUCUUGCCCUGAUGGGUACAGAUGUUGUCAUUACAAUGACGAAACUCAGCAUUGCUUUGGAAUACAGAGCAGUCUCCUUCGUGAUUGCACUAUUUUUCCUACUGGAUGUUGUUCUGCAAAUAUAUGUUAAAGGGAUGGCAGUGUUUUUUCGACUUCUGAGGCUGAUUACGUUUGUGCGAAUAUUCCACCUUGCGAACCAGACAAGAUAUCUAGAAAACCUGAUCAGAAGACUGGUGUCUGGCAAUAAAAGAAGAUAUGCCAAGGAUGGAUUUGAUCUGGAUUUAACUUACAUCACUGAACGCCUGAUUGCCAUGUCAUUUCCAUCCUCUGGGAAACAUGCGGUAUAUAGGAAUCCUAUGGAGGAGGUCGUUCAUUUCUUGGACACCAGACACCCAGAACACUAUUUCGUCUACAACCUUUGCAGUGAACGGUCGUAUGACCCCAGGUUUUUCCAUCACCGGAUGCAUAGAAUUCUCAUAGACGAUCACAACGUCCCAACACUUCAGGAGAUGAUUUCAUUUUCAAAAGAAGUCAUUGCUUGGUUAUCCAAGGAUCCCCAGAAUACCAUCGCGAUUCACUGUAAAGGAGGAAAAGGGCGUACUGGGACCAUGAUAUGUGUCUGUCUCCUCGCAAUGGACACAUUUUCAACUGCAAAGGAAAGCCUCACUUAUUUUGGAGAACGACGGACAGACAAACGUUUCUGUGAUAAAUUUCAAGGAGUAGAAACUCCCUCUCAAAGCCGAUACGUUGGAUAUUUUGAAACUAUUAAAACUAUGUGGAACUGGGAACUACCUGUGAAAAAAACACUAACAAUUACAAAAAUUGUCCUGUACUCCAUUAAAGGAAAUGGCAAGGACCUAACCAUUGAUAUCAUAAUGCAGCACAAGACUGUGUUUACUUGCACUGGCCAAACCUGCGAGGUCUCACAUGAUAUUGAGACAAAUAGAGCAAUAUUUAUUGUACCCAACUGUCCGGCCCUAUGUGAUGAUAUUAAACUGAAAUUUACUUCUAAAAAUCUUCCCAACCAUUACGAAAAUUGCGCCUUCUUUUUUUGGUGCAACGUUUCUCUGAUAGAGAAAAACAGGUCGUUCGUGCUCAUCCGCCAUCUGGAGGAUUUCUCCCUGGUCUACACUGUGUGCUUCAGCCGCGUGGAGUGCAGGUCACUGUGCCAGGCGCUGUGCCGGCGCCACACUGGCGUGGCGGCAAUUCGCCACCCGGAGAUCAAGUCUGUGUUUUCAAACGAGCAAACAAUUUCUGUGAUGGCAGACAUGUUCUAUAUUAUCCACUCUAGCAGCAAUGUGCAGCCCUUGGGCUCUGGGAAUAUGAUGACUGUGGAACUGAAAUGUUAA